GAAAGAUGUAAUUAUAAAAAAUCUUUCGGAAACAUUGUCGGACUUGUUUUCUAAAACACAAAGCGAGAGCGCGAAUUCCAAAAUCAUAAAAGAUGACUAUGAAAACUCUGCAACGGUAAACACAAUCAUUAAAACAAAAAGCAGCAAUUAUCCUAAUCAACAAGAAGAUUUGUAUAAAACGCGGUCCUUUUCAAGUAAUGUUCCAGAUAGCCAACAUAACAUUAAAUCGAUAUCGUCAGGGAAUUCUUACGUAACAAUACCAACUACGAAUGAAAUUAUUGUUGAAAACGGAAAAGUUAAAAAAGAUGGAGAAAUUAUUUUUAACUUAUCAACAUUAGGAGGAAUUAAAAUGUACAAUAAGAUCAAUAAAGAACACUUGAAUAACUGGCCAUCAGAUACUUUUGCGAAAGAACACACAGAUAAGGAUAAGUUUAAUGAUUCGAAAAUAACUGAGAAAGUUGCUAUUCAUUCAGAAAUAGCAGCAGAAGCAACCACUAACAAUAUUGAAACCAAGCAACAUGAUAUUCACCUAAAAGAUCGAAGCAAAUUAGAAGACAGUUGGAAUACUGAGACAAAAAUUCAGAAUGCUCUUUCAGAUGCUUCAGCCGACAUGAUUGCUUUAAAACAGAUAAAGAAUAAGAGUGAAGGAAAAAGUAUUUUAGAUAAUAAACUGGCAACGCUAUCAUCUAAUAUUGCGCAUGCAAAAACUCAAGUAAUAGACAAAGAAAAGUAUGGCAUUAUGGAUACUUCAGACUCUUUUAUCAAUGCUGAAGAAGCACAACAUUCGCUCACAUCUGCAAUGUCAUCUGCGUCGGCAUCAAUCUCUAACAAUAUGAAUAUAAAUCUUGACACGAAAUAUGAUCAAAUUAAUAACAAAAUGUCGACCACAUCAUUGAUCACUUCAGUAUCAAAGGAUAAUAAAGGAAGAAAAAAACAUCUAUCUUCUGCUCGAACAUCUUUGCAUUUGUCAGAUAAAAUAAACGGAUGUGAUAAAGACAUCGAGACUAGAGAAUUCAUUAGUCAGGUUUCUAAUUUGUACAAGGUCUUAGACAAGAAACAGGACAGUGAGAUUUUAGUGAUGAAAAGGAAUUCCAAAGGACCUGUUCAAACAGCGAGCUUAAAAAACAGUGUACCACCGCUUAUUGCAUAUCGAUUAAUUCCACGAGAAGUAUAUGAAAAAAUAUGUACAAUACUAACGAAUAAGCAGAUUUUUUGCACCGAUUGUCCGCUUUCAAAUAGUUAGAAUAAGCAAUCAUAUAAUAUACACAUGAUA